AUGUUGCAAAUCAUUGAUUUCAAACAUCUCAUCAAAUGCUGGAAGGCCAUCACACUCUCCGACUCGGCUUCGAAUCAAGUUCCUUCUGGUUUUCUCGCGGUUUAUGUUGGUGAGGCACGCGUGAAGUUCUUGAUUCCAGCAAGAUUCUUGAACCUGCCAAUAUUUGUGCAUCUUCUCAAUAUAGCCGGAGAGGAAUAUGGGUUCAAGUUCAGUGGGGGCAUUGUGUUGCCUUGUGAUGUGGGCUUCUUUAAACAAUUGUUGAAGUUUCUUGAAAAGAAUGAGAAGAAAUACGGAAGCUUAGAGGGAAAGCAAAAACUUUUGCCCUAA